AAAACAAAUCACCCCCCACCAUACAAGUCAGGUGAUCAGGUACGGAAACGCAGAGCUAAAACCGAUCGAAACGAUAACAAUUCCCCCCAAAACCAAACCACAAGAGGGUGAAAAGCGCACCGACCGUCCGUCCAGCCAACCGGAACCGCCAACACGGAGAUGCCUCCGGAACCGAAGGAACUGACUCCGCCUCAGGGAAAGGUCGAAGACGAGCAGCAGGCAGGCAGCAGCUCGGCCGACGAAAGCGAUCCGCCAGCGAACGAAGAGGAGGAGAUCGAUCUGGAAGGCGCGUCCGAAGAAAUUCUCGAGCUGAACGAUCGGCUCGACUCCCUCAGCACGGUGCUGGACAGUAUCGAGCAGCAGAACGAUGACCUGCGGGCCCAGAUACUGCUGCUGCUCGAUUCACAGCGCGAGACGCUCAAGUCGUUCAAGGAGGAAAACAGCCGGAUGGCCGCGAAGGGCACAGCGGACCGGCCGGACGGUGACGAACCGAUGCAGGAGAGUUAGGAAGUAAUGUGCAGUUGUUUGUACUGGCGGGGGUUCGCCACGUGGGUUUUGUAGAGGUAAUCAUUCCUGGACAAUGUUUCUGUGGUUUUCUAUUUUCUGUUUGUGUUGACGGCGGAAUUCGAGCCAGGCUAUGCGCAGGCCUUCAGUGUCGUAAGCUCCAACCGAAAACCGGGUGUAUAGAAUAAAGUAGGUUGCUGCCCAAAAGGAGCUAUUAUAACUAAUUGUACAUUAAACUUUCCGCUAGCGUUUACGAGGAUCACGAGCAACCUAUGCUGCGAAAGUGGCACAGUUGAAACAACAGUUUUUUGGAUAGAGCAGUGUGACCCGGGCGAGACUUCAGCAAACCCUUGCAAAGGCCAAAAAAUUAAAACGAAGGUCGAGACGGUGUCCGUUGAGGUUCUGAAUUCAAUAAUUGUUUUGUUGUUUUGUUUAUAAAAACAUUGAGUCUCGCGACUGCAUUCGUCUCUCUUCUGAAUUAAAUCGGAAGUUUAUUCAACAAAAUCGGUUCUUCUAGACUAACAUGUUUGAAUGUGUUGAAACGUGUUCGUACACGUUUUUAAAAGAAUUGGUGCGUGUGAAAAACAUUUGUCCCUUUUUGAAAAUUUAUGAAUUGGUCUUUUUCUCUGUUCCUUAUGUUUCCAUAUGCUGCUUAUGCCUCAAUCCUAAUCCGUGUUGCUUACGCUUAUCGAUGAGCUCAGUAAAUAGGCCGUUCCCAGUUUUCUUGUAAACGAUCCAUUCUCAUGGACAUUCCUGGACUGAUUUCGCUCCUGAAACUUGUUAUUUCAAUUCAAAAUUCCGAUUCCUAGGUCGAUUUCGAUUCUGGAGCCAAUUCUGAUUUCGGAACCGAUUCGUAUUCCGGAAUCGAUUCCAGCUUCAGAAUUGGCUCCAGAAUCUGCAUGCAUUUGAUCUGCAUCCUUUCGUUUCGCGAUGGCGCAAGUUGCAGAAUUAGAAUUUUAAAGUGUUUAAAAGUGCUGAAUAUAAUUUAAAAAACGAGUAAUCAUUUGCUGUAUCAUGUAUCUCGUGGAUUACCUGUAUGUGAUUAAAUCCAAACAUCAAAUGAAAAAUAAAAACCACUUAGCGGGAGGAGUUCAUUUAUUCUCCCCCUAUUCUCCAAAAA